GUCCAGGAAAAACAAUGUGUAUGAUGUCAAAUAAUGGAUUCGGAAUGUGUGUUUGUCCAGAAGGGACAUACGGACCGCCCCAAUGCACCGCUGACUGCGAAGAGGAUUUACAAUGUCGUUUCGAUGGAAACUGCGUGAAUGGAGCAUGUGAAUGUUUUCAGGAUUUUGAAGGAAAAAAUUGUGAAACUAUGGUUACAACCACCACCACUACCACCACUACCACCACUACCCCCACCACCACCACCACCACCACAGAGAGCUUGAUAGGGAGGAUACUGCCGAUAUUGAUGACUGUUGGUGCCAUUAUUCCAUUUAUCCCACUGAUUGGCAGCAGCUUAGGAUAA